AUGGGCUACGACAUGGCAUCCCUGGUCCCAUCUGACCAGGCCUUAUACGGCAUCAUCCCCGGAGCUGGGUCGACCCCGGUCGGCCGGGCCACCCUGCCGGUUACCUUUGGCACCUGCGACAACUACCACACCGAGUACGUCAACUUCGAGGUCGCCGAGUUCGAGACCUCUUACCACGCCAUCCUGGGAAGACCCUCCCUCGCCAAGUUCAUGGCAAUACCCAACCACACAUAUCUUCUCCUGAAGAUGUCAGCUCCAAAGGGGGUCCUCUCAGUCUACGGAGACUUGCAGACCUCCUACGCGUGCGAGGCCAAGAACAUCGAGCUCUCCGACACCCUGGAACGAUCCAGGAACUCUGUUCUUGUUGCCCAGGCAGCAAAGAACCUCCCGGCGGACCAGCAGAUCAUCCCCACCAAGGAGUCGACUUCCGAAUCACAACUCGCUCCGGCCGUGGCGACCAAGACCGUCGUUCUCCGGGACGAUGAACGCACAAGACUGCUGUGA